AUACGCAAUAAGCAUCCUCUCCUCUGAAGCAAAGAUCGUGAGCUUCCUCCUUUCUUUCUCUCCUUCCUUCUUUCUUUGAAUAUCAACACAUUCGGUGUAUGCCGUGGCCACUGCCUUCAGUUUAGGUCAAUCCUCUUUUCCCUCGCUAACUCAAUUUCGCUCCUAAUUCCAUCUCUACUUCCCACUCCGUACUUAGUUCCUCAAUUUUGUGAUGGCUAUGUUCUUCACGGAGUUGUAUUCUUCUGAAACGCGUAAACUAAUUGAACGACUCGUUAAUUAUAUUAUUUAUAAGGGGACAUUUCUACCACUGAUUGUGCCACCGACAGUAUAUCAGGCUGGUCUUUGGUCAACAUGGUUGACUGUGCUCUGUUCUUUAAAGAUGUUUCAAGCUUUGGCUAGAGAUCGUUUGGAGCGGCUGAAUGCAUCUCCAUCUGUGACACCUUGGACAUAUCUUCGUGUAUAUUCAGCAUUGUUAUUCGUUUUCUUCAUUGAUGUUUUCUGGAUAAGGUUUUGUGUGUCGGUAUAUAGAAGCGAUCCAUCCUCUCUGCAUCUGUUACUAUUCUUUGAGCCAUUAAGUAUUGCUUUUGAGACCCUACAGGCCAUUUUGGUGCAUGGAUUUCAGUUCCUUGACAUAUGGCUUCCUCAUUCAGCUUGCAACAGCAGUGAUUGCCAAAUGCCUAAAUUGUUUAAUACACUAACAGCAGGUGUCUUACUGGAAUGGAAGGGAACUCUUAUUCGGAACUUCGGGUUUUUCCUCGAUAUGGCAACAUUUUUAAUGGCACUUGGCCAUUACCUGUACAUAUGGCGUCUUCAUGGGAUGGCUUUUCAUCUAGUAGACGCAGUGUUGUUCCUAAACAUACGGGCAUUGCUUGGUGCAAUUAUAAAUCGUAUAAAAAGCUUCCAUAGGUUAAGGAUAGCUCUAGGAGCACUUAAUGCUGCUCUUCCUGAUGCGACAGAUGAGGAGUUAAGAGCAUACGAUGAUGAAUGCGCUAUUUGUAGAGAAUCCAUGGCUAAGGCAAAAAGGUUAAACUGCAAUCACCUUUUCCAUCUUGCAUGUUUGAGAUCUUGGUUGGAUCAAGGCCUGACUGAAAUGUAUACUUGUCCCACAUGCCGAAAGCCUCUUUUUCCAGGCCGGUCAGAAAAUGAAACAAGCUCCAAUGUCGGGGGAAUAUCUAGUGACGAGCAACUGGUACGCAAUACAAAUGCAGGACUGGAUCGGCAAAACUCUGCUAGAAAUACCAUGCCUGCAGUAUUGUAUCCCAAUCAUAUACCAAACUCGGCAGACAAUGUCCCUUGGAGGGGUGCAGGACUGGACUCAGGCUGGUUGCAUUCUUGGCCAAAUCAGGGUAUUGAUGGAGCUGGUCCAUCAUCUACAACAAUCAGAACGGUUGGAUUAGGAAGAGUUCAAAUGAUGAUGAGGCAGCUAACAUCUGUGGGAGAAACCUAUGCCCAGGGUGCCUUUGAAGAUGCUUCCUGGGGCCUCUGGCCUAUUAAUCCCUCCCAGGCUUCUUCUAGUAAUCCUACCGUUUCUGUUGGUGAGAGGCCAUCAGGAGGAUCAGGUAGCUUACAUAGAAGAAGUGGUUCACAAUCUGCAAAUGAUAAUAUGGCUAAUAUUCUUGCUAUGGCCGAAACUGUUCGGGAGGUUUUACCUCAUAUUCCAGAUGACAUAAUAUUCCAGGACUUGCAGAGAACAAACUCUGUCACAGUUACUGUGAAUAAUCUUCUUCAAAUGUAAUGUAUAUUGGUAUUUGAGUCAAGGAUUUUGAAGAAUCAAGUGGAACUUCAAGAUGUUGCUCUUGAAAUGUCCCUAGAGUGGCACAGGCUUCAUUUUAUGUAUAUAUUAUUAGCAAAUUUAACCUGUUAUCCAAAGAUAGUUGAGGAAAUGUGUUCAUCCUGGAUUUGUAGCAAAAUAAAUGUGGUAUAUGUUCAUGUGUUGCGCAAGUUCUCUCUCAAUUUUAAGGCUGAUGUACCACUGAGGAUGCUGUAAUUUUUCUUACCGUUUAAUCCUGGCAGAGACAAUAUCCUUAAACAGUAA